GGAAGAACAAUUUUGGUAAAAGCAGGUUGGAGAUCCAAAGAUUUCCCCCACCUCUGUAACUCUGUUCGCUUGUUGAUGCAGCAGGUCUUGAUUUUGGAGGUUGUGUUUUUAACAUCCUUAACAGCAGCAGCAAGCAGAGUUUGAACAUGGCGGUCUGUAACAGACACCACCGCACGGCACGGACUGCUGAACCCGACCUGUAAUUGCAAUUGUAAUUUGCAGUCUGCCUGCACCAAUACCAAAACCUUCCCACUUUCACGUGCCUUUUCCCCCUCUUUCUCUCUCUCUCUCUCUCUCUCCUCUCUCACUCUUCGCCAGCUGCUCCGCAAUUGAAUCUUUCCCCCAUCCAUUCUCGCUCUUUCUUCUUCUCCACGCUCCGCCGUCAGAUAUGCCUUGAGCCUGUUGCCUCUCACUAUGUCGUCUCCGCACCCUUUCUCCCUUGUCUUUGUAGCCUUCCUUUUUAGAGUCGCCGCCGCCGGAGAUGGAAGUGGGCCGUCGGAGUCCCUGACGUCUCUUCCAGCCGACGCCGUCUCGCUCCUGGCUUUCAAGUCCGGCGCCGAUUUGGACAGCAGGCUUCUCUAUACGACAAACGAGCGGUUCGAUUAUUGCCAAUGGCAGGGCGUGAAAUGCGCGCAGGGUCGGGUCGUGCGCUACGUCGUUCAGAGCUUCGGCCUCCGGGGCUCCGUCGCCGCCGCCACGCUCGGCCGCCUCGACCAGCUCCGAGUCCUCAAUUUGAAGAACAACUCCCUCUCCGGCGCCCUCCCCGACUUCUCCCUCCUCGUAAACCUCAAAACCCUAUAUUUGGACCAUAACUCUUUCUCUGGAACAUUCCCUCCUUCCAUUUUGUCCCUCCGCCGUCUCUCCUUCCUCGAUUUGUCUCGCAACAACUUCUCCGGCGAGCUUCCGGCUAAUCUUAUGGUCCUGGACCGGUUGUUUUAUCUCCGGCUCGAUUCGAACCGGUUUUCCGGGCCCAUCCCGCCAUUGAACCAGACGACGCUGGAAGUGUUCAACGUGUCGAGCAACAAUCUGUCAGGCCCUGUCCCCGUCACUCCAACUCUCAGAAAUUUCAACAUUUUCUCAUUUUCGCAAAAUCCCAAUCUUUGCGGAGAGCUUGUUAACAAGCCGUGCCGUAACUCCCCUUUCUUCAACGCUUCUUCCGCCGCCACCGCCGCCGGAAAUACCCCAUCGCCGUCGACGCCACUGCUGCAGAAUGCGCAGUCACAGCACGGAUUAAGCGACGCUCCUCCUCUGGCUAACCGUAAGCAUCGCAAACACGUGGGGAUGAUUCUAGGGUUUGUGAUUGGAGCUCUGAUUUUAAUGGCAGCUGUUCUGAGCCUGGUAGCUUUAAUUCGAAGACGGCGAGAAGAAACUGAAGAGAGAGAACUAAUCGACGAAAAACCCGCCACUAAUUUCACCGAAGAAACCACCGCCGCUAAAGCUCCUAGGGACACAAUUCUGUUAUCCCUCCAAUCUGAAAACGCCAUAACCGAAAGUUCCGAGGCCAAGAAAUUGAAAUCUUCUCAGCAGAAAAGAGUGAUCAAGAGUGGGAAUUUGGUAUUCUGCUCCGGGGAGGAAGAACUCUACACACUAGAUCAAUUAAUGAGGGCAUCAGCAGAGCUUCUGGGGAGGGGCACCAUUGGAACAACAUAUAAAGCUGUAAUGGCGAAUCAAUUAGUGGUGUCUGUGAAGAGAUUGGACGCCUGCAAGACUGCUAAUAUCACUGGUGAGGCAUUCGAGCAUCACAUGGAAGCUGUUGGUGUUCUUAGGCAUCCCAAUUUGGUCCCUGUCCGAGCAUACUUUCAGGCAAUGCAAGAAAGGUUAAUUAUUUUCGAUUAUCAGCCCAACGGGAGUCUCUUCGAUGUCAUCUACGGUUCUCGACCCGCGAGGGCGAAGCCACUUCACUGGACGUCGUGCUUAAAAACUGCCGAAGAUGUGGCACAGGGACUUGCCUACAUCCAUCAAGCGUCGAAGUUCAUUCACGGGAACCUGAAAUCAUCGAACGUGCUGCUGGGGUCCGAUUUCGAGGCCUGUAUCACCGACUACUGCCUGAUUCCUGUUCUUGCAGACACCUCCACCGACGACAGUCCGGACUCUGCUUGCUACAAAGCCCCGGAGAUUCGAAAGUCUGGUCGAGCAGCCACUGCCAAGUCCGACGUCUAUGCUUUUGGAGUCCUCUUGUUGGAGGUGCUGACGGGCAAGCCACCGUCUCAGCACCCGUAUCUUGCGCCACCCGACAUGCCGGAUUGGGUUCGAGCAAUGAGGGAUGACGACGACGAUGAUGUGAUGAGAUUGAGAAUGCUGAUUGAGGUGGCCAGUUUCUGCAGCUUGACGUCGCCGGAGCAGAGGCCGACGAUGUGGCAAGUCUUGAAAAUGAUCACAAAUAUUAAGGAGUUCAUGGAUGAUCCUCCACCUAGGGAUGACUAUUUGUGACCCUGUUUUUUCUUUUUAUUUCCUCGGCCAUGUUAAUGAAUUUCCAUUUCCAUUCCCAAACAGGGAAAGAUUUAAACAACGAAGGAAUCUACUGCGUUAUAAGUUUUAA